AUGAUUGAUAUUCCUACAUGGACUAAAAGAUGGAUUCAGAUUAGUCAGUUAGACAACACAGAAAUUGACCAGAAGAAUGACGAAGAUCUUCUUAAGAGAUUUAAUAAAAAUAUUAAAAAAGGACUUAAAGAAAUUGAAGGCUUUACAGGAUUCUUUCCAAUUCAACAAAAAGUAAUACCUUACAUUUUAAAUGGUAUCAACUCAGAUAUUAACAAUUACUAUAGUAGUGAUAUUUGCAUUUCAGUCCCAACUGGUGAAGGAAAGACUUUAUGUUAUGUGAUUCCAAUAGCAAAUUACUUGUACAAUAGAACUUUUCCGAGUUUAUCAGUAUUAGUAUUAGUACCUACUAGAGAAUUGGCAAAUCAGGUUAAAAAUGUAUUCACAAUUUUUACAAAAGUUAAUAAAGGUAGAUUCCCCAUAAAAAUCACAACUUUAACAGGACAACAAUCAUUUUCAAAUGAGAUGCACCAAUUAAGUACAAUACAACCAGAUGUUGUAAUAUCAACUCCGGGAAGGCUUUGUGAGCAUUAUAACCAACUAAUAAUAUCGCAAGAUCAACAGGAAAUUCCAGAAAUAUUUAGAAACAUUCAUUUUAUAAUAAUAGAUGAGGUUGAUAGAUUAUUAUCUCAACCAUAUAAUGACUGGCUUUCUAUAGUGAAUGAUAUUUCAAAAUAUAUUAUAUCUCAAGAAAACAAUGGAGAAUUAGGAUUGGCUAAAAAAAUUCCCAUUAGAAUUCUAUUGUCAGCAACAAUUUCCAAUAGUCCAUAUAAAUUAAACCAAUUAGAUUUAAUACGUCCAAUAUACUUUAUAACCUCCGUUACUGGAGAGUCAAAUAUACCAUCUAGAAUGUAUCAAAGAUAUAUUAAAGUUACAAAUAAAAGAUUUAAACCAGAAACUUUACUUUGUUUAAUAUAUCAAUUAUUAUUAAAUAAGAAACAGAGAAAUAGUCUUAGUAAAUUGGUAGCAGAAAAUCAAAAAGCUGAUAUUAAAGGAAUUCCAAAAGUUUAUAAAACCUACUUUAAAGCUGUUAUUUUUUGUUCAAGUAAAGAAACUACUUCAAAUCUCACCAAGUAUUUACAACAAGAAUUAAGUAAAUCCAAUAGAAAUGACUUAUUCUUUGUAUUUAACAGUAAUGAUGAAACUAAUAAUCAAAUUUCCUUUAAUUUUGAAAAUAUUCAUAACAGUAAAAUUCUCAUUCCUUUUAAUACUAUUAAUCAUUCAGAAACCAGUCAAAACUCUCAAGACAAUCUUCAAACAUUACAGAUUGAAGAAUUUUCAAGUUUAUUGCUCCAAAAGGAAAGAAAUCUACUUAUGAAGAAAUUUAAUAAUAAUGAAUUUAAUAUUCUUGUUUGUUCCGAUAUUUUAGCAAGAGGUAUCGACAUUUCUGAUGUAGAUAUUGUUAUUAACUAUGAUGUUCCUAAUAAUAUUAAAACUUAUAUCCACAGAGCUGGAAGAACUGCAAGGGCUGGAAAAACUGGAUAUACUUAUACUAUGGUUGAAAGUAAUCAAAUUAGGCACUUUAUUAAGUUGGUUAAUUCUAAGUACAAAAAUACACACAGACAAACCAUGUUUGUUAGAAUUAAGAAACAAACAAACAAUGAAAAUUAG